AUGGAGCUAGUCGGCGGUUUAUUAAAUGACUUGAACAAUGUUUGGAGCUGGUCCGGAUCCCGAACUCUACCGCCACGAAAACAGAGAAGCAAGACAGAAGAAUUGCCGAUUGCCUCCGCUGCUGGACAGACUCCGCGUAUCGGCGCCGUUUUCGCCGAAGCGGAAACCGUUACCAUCGGCGGUUCAUCUAGGAAGGAUCAAGCCGUCAAUAGUCCCCCCAAGUUUCGGAAAACGCUGUUCGAAGGAUUUAAAAGCACGUUGCGUGGCAAGUCGGCCAGCGAAUCGGGUCCAGAAAAAGAAAAGGAUGGACCAGCGGAGGAAGUGGCUCCUGCUGCUGUUCCUCAGGAAGUGGUCUUGCAUAAACUUGCGAAGGUGCUCAUGAACUUCACAGCUAGUGAGAAGGAUGAAAUCUCACUCGUCAAAGGUGACAUAGUGCAAAUUGUGGAAACGGAUCUAGCGAAAGGCUGUUUUGUCCUACGUCCGGCGCAUGAGGAAAGACCUGCUACCGAGGGAUGGGUGCCUGCUUUUAUAUUAGCGAAGAUGUCCAGUCAAAAGAAGCCGUGGUCCUUGAAAUUCAGGAAGCCCAGUUUCACUUCGAAGAGCAAGGACAAAGAAGGAGUUAAGCUUGCUGUUGGGACUGCCAUCGCCCCUUCAAAUCCGUCCUCGCCAUCUGCGGGGAAACUAGUCACAGAUCCAUUCGAAGCCCCGCCUACAUUCGUGCAGUGCAUGGAAAACUUGAUUGUGCCAAGGGGCGAAAAUGCCGUGUUCAAGUGCCAAAUCAACGUGAUGCGAUCUGCUGGGCGACCUUCGAUGGAAGCCCAGUGGACUACACCCUCUGGGGCUGUAAUAACCUCUGAAUCUGGUGGAGAUAAUGCUAGUCCCGGUUCGGUCGUCGCUCAUGUGGCGUCCGGGCCAAGUGUGGAAGGUUUCUUGAGUUUGCAGAUCAACGGAUGUGAACCGGCGAACAACGGAGAAUACGUGUGUGUCGUUCGUUCGGAAUCAGGUCUUCAGGCCUCAUGUUCGUCGAAGCUCACGGUUACCGAUAUUCCUGGUCCACCGCCGGCUCCAACGGUAACAGUCGUAACAAAUGAUGCUAGCCCUGCGCUUUGUGUUCAAUGGUGCCAUCCGGAUGUCACCGGAAAUCUGAGAAUCACUGGUUAUUCGGUGGAUAUGUUUGCUCAAGUCGACGGAAAAACAGGAUCGUGGAAUCAGAUUUGCGGGAUAACGCCGGAAAGAGAAAUUGUGAUUCCAACGCUGCAACCGAAUACGAGUUACAAAUUUCGUGUCAGUGCGAUCAAUGCUUUAGGAUCUUCUGCUCCCAGUGAAUCGUCGAAUGCUGUUGAUGUUCCAAGUCCAGAAGCAAGUUCUGAGAAUGAAAUUGUGGAGAGCGAGUUGAAAAACAGCACGGCUUUUCCGAAAGUGCUCAACAAGGAUCCCAUCUCCCCAAUUUUGCCUAAGCGUCCUCCUCGAAGUCCCAGCUGUAACAGCCGCUCUGGAUCUCCUCGUUUGUCAGCUGGAAUGAUCAUGCCCGUAGGAUCCCUGAAGCGUCGGAGUGAUAGAAGACGCCCAGCGAGCAGAACCUCUAGCACAUCAGGGAGAAGCACUCCUACCCGACUGGACAUUGACAAUCUGAAUUCUUCAGAGAGCACUUCAUUGCCAAUUCUGCGGAAGCAGUCCAUGUCGUUCAAACCAAGCUACGACAGGCACUUCAGAGAUCUUGAGGAAAUUGGAAGAGGGCGUUUUUCAAUUGUGAAAAAGUGUUGGAACGUGCGGGAAUCGCGUGAAGUUUCUGUAAAAUUCUUCCGGAGGCAAUCUGAGGAGGUCGUGAAGCACGAAUUCGGUAUCCACUCUUUGUUGAUCCACAAAAACGUAGCACGUGCGUGGGAUCUUUACAAAGCUCGCACGGGAUAUGCUAUGAUAAUGGAAUUUGUGGGAACGCAGUCAAUAUUCCAUUACGCCUGCCGUCGCCGAACCUAUUCUGAAUCCACGGUUUGUGCAUAUAUGAAACAGCUUCUGCAAGCUGUUUCGUAUCUCCAUUCGCAAUCCGUCAUCCAUGGCGAUAUUCGACCUGAAAACCUGAUGGCCGAUAGUUCGAAGUCACCCCCGGUAUUAAAGGUGAUCGAUUUCGGAUCCGCUGUGAAAGCGGAUGAAAACCCAAAUGGGUAUGCGUGUUUGUCACACCCUCAUGGAUCUGUCGAAUUUUCGCCUCCCGAACUGUUGGGAAAGGAUCGGGCCAAACUCAGCUAUGGGGCGGACUUGUGGUCAAUCGGUGUUGUUAUCUACAUAUUCCUCGGUGGAGUUUCGCCUUUUGCUCUGGAAGACGGUCAGAUCGUUGAUGUGCGGACGAGAGUGGAAAAUGUGCAAUAUUCAUAUCCAGAUGAAUAUUUUUCCGAACUUUCUCCAGAAAUUAAGGAUGUUAUUGAUGGGCUAUUCCAGUUUUUACCUGAGAAGCGAACUCCGUGCGACGAUUGUUUGAAUGCAUUAUGGUUCAAAGAGGGAGGAAGUCGGCAUUCAAUCCCUGCCGCCAGGCUACUGCAGUACAUGCGAAGGCGUCAGAGGAUGAGCAUUGUUUAAAUUUUUUAUUGCAUGAUGAUUUUGUGCCAUUUUGUGCUAGUGCACUCGCAACAGUCAGCCAUAGCAACCCGUCGUGAGAAAAUAUUUAUUUUGUCAUUGCCGUCCAACGUGGUGCGAAUUUGGGAUUGUCAUUUCUGUUGAGUCAAUUUGUCAUACCUGGAUGUGGUUUAACCGUGACAUGCAGAAUUUUGUUUCCAUCUUUAUUUCCGGUGGCGUUUCGUACUAGAACCAAUCGUGAAUUGAAAGUUGAAUUCCGCUUACUAAACUGUUUUUUAAAGGUGAAAAUAACCAGGACAAACUUUUUUCUCUGAUAAAAA